AUGGCAAAUCCCUCUUUUCUCCGGCCUGCUGCAGUGGCAACGACACGCAAGUUGGUCGACUGCUCAAUAAGACGUGGUCAUGGCUACCCCCGUAAACAAGCAUUGCGCCAUCAUUCCUCAUCAUCUGUGUCUGCAGACGAGCUGUCGCAUUUUUCAGGACUGGCUAGCAGCUGGUGGGAUCCCAUGGGCCCGUCGCGGGUACUUCAUUUGAUGAAUCCCACGCGGCAUGAUUUCAUCGCCUCAUGCCUUGCGGAAUCAAGGUCAUCUACCCAGCAUGGUCUGCGUUACCUCGACAUAGGCUGCGGAGGCGGCAUAUUUGCAGAAUCACUUGCUCGAACUCUUCAGUCAGGGAAGUCGCCCACUGCAGGGCUACAUCCGCGCACAAAAGCAGCAUCUAUCGUUGCUAUUGAUCCGUCAACGAGUUUGAUCAAGAUUGCUCGAGAUCAUGCACGCAUGGAUCCAACAGUGUUUGAGCACCUACAGAAUGGUGCAUUCAGAUAUGAGAAUACUACUGUCGAGUCGUUGUCGUCAGCCACUACUAAUCCAGACAACAAAUUUGACGUCGUUACACUCUUUGAAGUCAUUGAGCACGUUGAUCCUCAGACCUCCUCGCCUAUGGCAUUCCUUACACACUGUCUCAAAUUACUCAAUCCCGGCGGGUGGUUAAUUGGCUCGACCAUCGCGCGCACAGUACCGUCAUUCAUAGUCAACAAAAUGGUCGCCGAAGCACCAUGGCCGAUCGGCGUUGUUCCCUGGGGUACGCACGAGUGGAGCAAAUUCGUCAAUGCAGACGAGCUUCAGGGAUGGGUGGAAGAGGGUCUUAUGAGAGCUGCAGACGGGCCGGCUCAACGAGCUGGCAGCGAAGCACUGCGCGGUAUGAAGUGGAAAGUUGCCGGUGUGGUUUACGUGCCGGGAUGGGGAUGGAAGAUGGUUGAUGGUGGAGAAGACUGGGGGAAUUACUUCUGGGCUGUGCAAAAGGGUGUAUAG